AUGACUAUUAAAGCUGUGAUUUUCGAUAUUGGUGGAGUGUGUGUUGGAUCUCCCAUGGCAGGCAUUCAUCGCUUUGAACAACAAAACGGACUACCCAGAAACUACAUCAAUGUAGCCAUUGUUCAGCAAGGUGAGCACGGUGCAUUUCAGAAAUUAGAAAGAGGCGAGAUCAAAUUGCAUGAUUUUUACAAGGAUUUUGGCUCUCAAUUAUCGCAUCCAUCCAACAAAGAACAUUAUAAAGCGUACCUGGCCAAGUCCGGAAAAGCGGUUCCAUCGACUAUUCCAGACAUUACCGUGGAUGGAAAAGAGCUUUUCACAACAAUGAUGGCAGAAACAGCAAGAUUAGACCCUCAUAUUUUCCUUGCUAUUGAGAAGUUGAAGGCCAGUGGAAAAUUCACUAUCGCUGCUCUCACCAACAAUUUCGAUCUUCCCGAAGAUGAUUUGAAAGAAGCUGAGGCCAUGGGCGCAUCUGCAGCAAAUAAGUUGAGAGCAUUGUUUGAUUAUUUCAUUGAAUCUCGUUUGAUCGGCUUAAGAAAACCGGACCCAAAAAUCUAUCACUACGCCUGUAAAGAGAUCGGCAUUCAGCCCAGCGAGGCCAUCUUUUUGGACGAUAUUGGCAUGAACCUCAGAUCCGCCAACAAACUUGGCAUGCAUACGAUCCAGGUAAAAAUGGGACACUCGGAAGAAGCAGUAAAGCAGUUGGAGGCAUUGACCGGCCUUGAUUUGCACAGCAAACUGGAUUCCAGACUUUAG